AUGGAAAAUUUAAGUGAGGAUAUUUUAAUAGGCAUAGAACCUGUAAAUGAUUAUAAAAUUGAAGAAAUACUCUAUGAUGGAACUGAAAUUUAUAAAAAACCAUUAUCUUUUAAUGAAUAUAUAAAUGAACUAUCCGAAAAGAUAGAUUUUGAAGAAAAUUCUGGAAAUGCUGAAAAUGAAGCGAAAUCUGAGAAACAUAUUUUAAGCAAAAAUUCUAUUAUCGAGCCAAGCUUAAUAAAAUUAAGAAAUGCAUUAAUGGAAAUAAAUGUUUUAUUAGAUGUUUUAAAAAUAACCAAACAACAACAAUAUCUGGCUCUAGAUUUUAUUGCUAAUGAUAAUCCAGAUAAUAAACCUGCAUAUGUUUUGCUAGGCAAAAAGAAAACCUUAUCAAAAGCAGCAUCAAUUCUAUUAAAUGGUGCAGAGACUAUCAAAACUACCCUAUCUAAUCCUUUAUUAUCUCCCAUAACCACAGUUCAGAAAAAUUUCCAUUUAGAACUUCUAAAUUUAAGACAAAUUUGGAGGCUUAAAAAAGUUGGGGAAAAGAUUUUGGGGGACAUUAGUUAUAAAUCAGUUGGUUCUCAAUUCAAUGAAAAUGGCAAUUUUGAAGUCAGCAAGAAUUCUAAAAUAGAUUCAUCUUCUACCUUAAAAAUUAUAUUGCCACAGCAACUUAAAAAUGAAGCCUAUAUCAAAAUUAGCAUCCAUAGAGAUGGAAAAAUUUAUUCAAGUUCUAACAAGUUAAAUGCCAGUUCCCUCAGAAGUUAUAGUCAAGUCCAUAAUUAUCUGCUAAAUAAGAAAUUGGAAGAAGCUCAAAAUUCUCUUUUCUGCAAAGAAAUUCUAUUUACACUAGUUAAAGAAGCCUUAGAAGAUGAAACCUCAUUCCUCCCUCAUAAUGUGAUAGGAAAUACCAUAACUCUGACACUUUUUCCUGAUGUACACCUUAUAGUAUCCUUGGAAUAUAUCGAUUCCGAUGAUUUAAUCACACGAAAAGAUCCACACAUGGAAGAACUUCCCAACGUUCUCGAGGAAAAGUUAGAAACGUCAGAAAUUCCAAAAUCUUUAUAUGAUUAUAUGGACCUGAUAGGGCUUUCUUUGCACCAUUCAUUAUGUCUGCAACAUAGAAGAUUUAUCAGGAUAGAUCCUCCUAAUCCCGUUUGCGCAUCCUUGCAUGACAACUUCCGGAAAAGGUUAAGUGGGCCUCUGGCUUUGAGAACAGACGAAUUUCAGACCUUUUGCAACGAUUCUUAUCAAGAUUUCGAUAAUUUCCCUUGUCCAACUACUAAUUACAACAUUGACGAGAUUGAGGAAUGCCUCGAUAAGGAAGUCUCCAAUACGAUGCAACAAACGACGUUAAUAGAUUCACAUUUAAAUUCCAACAAUCCAAACCAAGAUCAAAAUCUUAAUAUUCCCACGAAGUCCACUACCGGGCAUUCUUUGCUCGAAGAUUACUUGGGACAAAACUUGAUCGAUGACGAAUUAAGUUCUACUAUGCCUAGCACUCCACCUACAAAUAAGGAACCCACCUUUAAUAAAGGCAAAUCCCUGAAGUGUUUCGAAGAAGAACUCCUCGCCGAAAAGGCGAAAUUCGAAUCCAUGGAACCUCUAUUCGCCAGCGAGGUCAAAUGGCUCAAGCUCAGGAAAGUUGUAGCCCAUGGGAAGCUUAUGAAAACUAAAUUGCUCAAACCAUUGUUGGAUUUGGCCAGACACAUUCACUUGAGGGAUCAAACGAUGCGCAUUUUGAACGAAUAUACCAAGACCAAUCCUGAUCCCUUAUUCAUUAUUCAUAUGUGCUCUAACAGCGACCCAUACCAUUCGGCCUUUAUCGUCAAUAUAGUCAGCAAAAGUUACGAAGCUAUUUGCAGAACUUCCUUGUACAUCCAAAUAGACGCGGAGAGAAUAAAAGUGGUCAUGCGGGACGGAAGAGUUCUGUGGCUGACUCACGAAUCCAAAGAUUUAUAUAGAACGUUGGCCAUUCAAGUAUCUCAACAUCAAAUAAACGCUGUUCAGUCGCUUUCGAAACUUAUGAACUGGCAAACAAUCGCUAACGAUACCUUUAGCGGUUCUUGCGAUCAUAAUACGGAAUCUUACGGCAAUAAAUCCACUAUCACCCUCAGAUCUCCCAACGAAAAUUGUUCGCUUCACAUUCAAUACGGACCCGAAAGCGGCCCUUUGGUUUGCAUGAGCUUGGGUGAUUCUCCCGAUUUUCAACCCAUAUCCGACAAAAAGAAUAUUGGGAAUGGUAUCUUUGCCGAUGAAGACGAUGAUGAGGAUGAUAAAAGAUGCGAAGCAGAUUCUCAUUUCAAAAUAGUUGAUUUACAGGCCCUUCCCACUCCCACAUUCUUGGGGAAAGUUGAAUACAUAAUGGCGAUUCUGAAAUAUAUAUGAUGAUCCCUCGUGAAUAUUUUGAAAAAAAAUCCUACCAUUAAUCAUGGAUAAUAUUUUUACCUUAAUUUUAUAUUUAUUAAUAUAAUAAUUAAAUUUU